AUGCCAUUGCAUACCGUUGCGCUGGGUGCGGCCUUGACUCCCACUGUCCUUCACACUCUUGUUACACAUUAUCUAAAUCGCAAGGCCAAUCAUGCCAAACCAACUGUACACAUCACUUACGAUGAGGGGAUCCAUAUUAUCCGCCAAUUCCUUUAUUAUGCGUCCAAACACCCCGUCGAAGACAUCCAGGCCUUUACCCGCCAAUGGGUUCCUAGCCCGCACUGGGUGAGGACCGAGACAGUCACCGUCCCGGAUGAAUUUAUGGUGCCUGCGGCGGCUUUUAUCUCGAAGCAGCUCGGUCCUAGGGGUGUCGUGCGCGUCGGUGGAGAGAAAUGGUGGCAGUGGCGUGGGCCUGCCGAGGAUCUCAAGGGAGAGUGGAUUGAGAUGCGCAAUCACUACAAUGAGACCACCAAGUCCGGGAAGCGCUGCAACCGGAUUAUGCUAUACGUCCACGGUGGUGCGUACUUCUUUGGUAGUGUUGAUACCCAUCGCUAUAUGAUGCAGCGCCAUGCGCGCAAGUUGAAGGGUCGCGUCUUUGCGCCAGACUAUCGCCUAUCGCCCCAGUACCCCUUUCCAUGUGGUCUCCAGGACUGCUUGGCGGCCUAUAUCUAUUUGUUGAAAACAUUUGAUUCAAGUGAGAUCAUCCUCGCCGGAGACUCUGCGGGUGGUGGUAUGGCGCUGUCGAUGCUGGUCAUUAUGCGCGACCAGGGCAUCCCUCUCCCGGCGGGUGCAAUCUUGAUUUCGCCCUGGGCCGAUCUUACCCGCUCCUUCCCAAGCAUUGUGAAAGAUAACCCUGGAGAUUAUAUUCCCCCAUACGGAUUCCAGAUGGCCCGGAAAGGAACUGUCACUGCAAAGGAUGUCGAGCAAGCUAUUCCGGCAAACAGUAGCGCAUCUGCCGAGACGGCAGUCCGAGGCUACACUAUCCAUGAGAAGAAGCCUGCAGCGGGUGAGCAUUCCUACCCUGGCAUGCAGCAGAACCAAGACCCGGACACGGUAAAUGGUGAGCCGGAUAACAUCCACGUUGUCUUGGAUGAGAAGACGGUUGAGCUCAAAGACCAAAUUCAGAUGUAUACGACUAAUCAGCUUAUCUCUCAUCCAUUGGUUUCGCCUGUUCUUCAGCCUUCGCUGGGAGGUCUUCCUCCCCUGCAGGUUCUAAGCGGCGGCGGCGAAAUGCUACGAGAUGAGCAAUUCUAUGUGGCGCACAAGGCAGCCAAUCCGACGGCCUACCCGCCUGCAGACAUCUAUCUGGACGAAUUUGACCCGAAACGGGAAGUACUCAAUAAAUAUGAGCCGACAUAUGUACAACUCCAAGUUUGGGAUGAUCUGUGCCAUGUUGCCCCUUCCCUCAGCUUCACCAGGCCCGCCAAGUACAUGUUCCGAGCUAUCUCCCAGUUUGGUUCCUGGGCUCUGGCUCGUGCGCAAAAGUCAGGAGUCGACAUCGUCGAUGAGGCCAUCUCGCCCGUUUCGUCUACUGAUUCAGAGGCCGAAAACACUGGCGAAGAAAAUGGCGGCAGGAAGCCAACGUUCAAGCCCGGUACUUCCGUUGGAAAAGCCGGCGAUCCUUUGCCCUCCUUUGAUCAGCACAUGAUUCGUCAGCGUGUUGAUAAACGUGGUCAUGUCUAUCCGCUUGAUCCACCAUCAUCAUAUCCUGUGCUAGAUAUUCCGCCCGCCAAAGUCGGCGCAAUCAACCCCGCGCUCAUUAAAAAAUGGCUCGAAGCCAAGCACGAAUGGGAUGUCCGAUAUACUAAGGAGAAACUGCAGGUUCAGAGCCGCCGCAUCAAGGAAAUGGCACAUGGUUUCCAGGACUUCGAUGGCGAGCUUCCACCUCCGAGCUCCUUAGCUGCCCGUCGCUCCGCCCCUGGCGUGCUGCCCAAGCGCCACGCGAAGAAGAACUACGGUAUGAUGAUGUGGAGCGGCUGGGGUAGCAAGCACGAUGAACGUACUCUGGGACGAGAGACUGAAGCCGGGAAGUCAGGUCAACCAAGUCGUACAACCCGUACGAGUGUGGAUGCUGGACAGGCUGGAACAUACUCAAGUAUGCCCUCAAAAACACAGAAGCCGGACAACGGCGAAAAGCAAGGUACAGGUGACACUGCUGUUACUUGGAACAAGCACAGCGAGAAGGUGAGGUCAAGCGGAGAUCUAUCACUUGGAAGACCCUCCGGAUCCGCAAACGGUCGUCCUGGCUCCGAGAAAAGUGCAGGUCCAGUCCUCAUAUUACCAGAGGUAGACAACCGAAAGUUGAAUGAUGAAGCCGCGAGCACGAGAGCGCUCUUCCGUGAUGCUAUGACCUCGGAUGUGUCUCUACCUUACCCCAAGGGCAGACCUUCAUCUGUGGCUGGUCGCAGUGAAUUCAUGUCUGACACUGCUAGCACUGUUGGUGGCGACAAAGAAUCGGUUACUACCACCGGUGUUGCGCCAGACGGUGCCAGCACCCGUGCCGUGUUGAGAGCCAAAGGCGUGGUCGAUGUGAUCGGCCCUAGCGAGAAUGGCCGCCUGUCUACCGAUACACAGUCAGUUCUCUCCGGCCGGGGCUCUACGUCUCUUCGACCUGAAAUGCCCGAGAGGGAAGUUUUCAAGACAGCCGACGAGACACAUUAG